AUGUUUCUUAUUGGAAGGAAUUCAUUUAGAUUCAUAGCUUUCCCAUCACUUGCAAGAGCUGUCGCAUAUUCUAGCGUAUCUACUAGACGGCUUAUCAUGUCAGAAAGUAACAGCGAAACGAUCAAGAGACCUGCUGCCUCCACUGCUGCUCCACAACAGGUUAGAGUGAAAAAACCAAAAUUGAAAAAAUAUAAGGCUAAGAAGGUUGAUGCAACAUCCCCUCUAGGUGUACUACAAUUUGAAAUUCAAGAUUUAUUGAAGGAAAACAAUUUAAAGCAAGAACAAGUUGAAAAUGAUGUUUCUGCCAUAUUAAAUGAUUUCUCUAAGGAUGAAAACUCCAUUACCAGUACUUUCCAUCGUAAAGUAAACGACGUUAGGAUCCUAAAAUUGACUUCUGGCGGGGACGGUAUGGCACUCAUCAAUAAUCCAGUUGAUAGCGAGAAAAAACAGAUUGUCAUUGUUCCUUUUGGGUUACCUGGUGAUUUGGUUAAUAUUAAAGUUUUCAAGACACAUCCACUGUAUGUUGAAAGCGAUUUAUUAGACGUUAUUGAAAAAUCUCCCAUGAGAAGGGACGAAUUAAUUAGAGACAGAUAUUUUGGGAAAUCAUCAGCAAGUCAAUUCGAUUUUCUUGAUUACAAAGAACAAUUAAAAUUGAAGAGAGAAACUAUCGUUAAUGCUUAUAAACAUUUUGCACCAAGACUAGUCACUGAGAAAUUAUUACCACAGGUAGAUGACACAGUUGCCUCGCCCCUGGAGUACAGUUACAGAACAAAGAUUACGCCCCAUUUUGAUGUGCCAAGGAAAGUGAAAGUAUUGGAAUAUAGACCGCCAUUAGGCUUCAGUCAAAAGGGAAGACCGACUUGGAGAAAGGAAGCUUUGGAAGUCGGCGGUAAUGGUUCGAUACUAGACAUUGAAGAGUCCUCACUAGCUACUGAAAUUCUGAAUAUUGGGUUAAGAAAUGAAAGAAGAAGAUUUGAAAGAGAAUUUUCAAAGUAUAAGAAAGGUGCGACCAUUCUGUUAAGAGAAAACACUAUUAUAUUAAAUCCUUCCAGAAAAGUUAAAGAACAAUUGAAAGAAGGUUCAAGAGACGAAAAUGGUGAAAUCAGUUAUAUUGAAGUAGAGGACAAAGAACAUAACGUCAAGUUGGCCAAGACCUGUGUUACAAAUCCAAGGCAAAUUGUCACUGAAUAUGUUGAUGGAUACACUUUCAAGUUCACUGCAGGUGAAUUUUUCCAAAACAACAAUUCAAUAUUACCUAUAGUGACCAAGUUCGUUAGAGAUAAUUUACAAAUUCCAAAUUCUAAAGAGACCGAACCACGUUAUUUAGUCGAUGCAUACUGUGGCUCUGGAUUAUUCAGUAUUUGUAGUUCUAAAGGUGUAGACAAGGUUACUGGUGUUGAAAUAUCCGCAGACAGUGUAUCAUUUGCAGUAAAGAAUGCAGAAGCCAACGGCAUUAAGAACUGUAAUUUUAUCGUAGGUAAAGCUGAAAAGCUAUUUGAAUCUAUCGAUACUCCAAAUGAUAGGACAAGCGUUAUACUAGAUCCACCAAGAAAAGGUUGUGAUGAGGUUUUCAUGAAACAAUUAGCCGAAUACUAUCCAGCAAGAAUUGUUUACAUUUCUUGUAAUGUUCAUUCUCAAGCGAGAGAUAUCGAAUUUUUCUUGAAAGAGACGGAAAAGGGUGCCCAUUAUAAGAUUGAAAGUUUAAGAGGUUUCGAUUUCUUCCCACAAACACAUCAUGUUGAAAGUGUCUGCGUCUUAAGUAGAGUGUGA